GAUCAGUGAAGUCUACAAUUCCCGGUGCAAAACAGCUGAGUGCAUUGAAAUGCAUGGGUGCAUGCACGUGUGUCUUUUCUAUUCUAUUCAUCGUCUCUGAUAACGAGAAAUGUAACUCCAAGUCCUCAAUGAAAAAACCACACAAUGGUGUUCACCUCGACGAGAGUAAUCCCCAAGAGGCUGAACAUCAGGGUGAACGUCGCGACGUUGAUGCUCCUCUCCGUUAUCCUCACGGUUUUUUACUUCCUGCUGAUGAAGGAUUGCAGAAAAAUUCAGGAAUCCAGAGAUAAACCGAAAUUUCGAUUGAUUAUUGUCAUCCUGACGAGUCCAGAUGCCUUGAGGGUGAGGGAUGCUAUCAGAAAGACUUGGUUAACAGAGGAGACAGAGAACACCAGGCAUUUCUUCGUGAUAGGGACCCUGGAUCUUCAGCAAGAAAUGCUGGAGACCUUGGAGUCUGAGCAGGACAAAUUCCAUGACCUACUGCUGCUUCCUAGGCUGCAGGACUCCUAUGGAACACUCACGAAAAAAAUUCUCCAGGCCAUGCAGCGGCUCCAUGAGGACUUCAGCUUUGAUUAUUUGCUCAAGGUCGAUGAUGACAGCUUUGUGCUCCUCCACAGAAUGCUGACGGAUCUUGAUGUCUGGGAGGCUAAGGGCUCCAGGAAGGAACUCUACUGGGGAUUUUUCAAUGGCAGGGCUAAUGUCAAGAAGACUGGCCCCUGGAAAGAAAUCGGAUGGAAUCUGUGUGAUUAUUAUCUACCUUAUGCCGUAGGUGGAGGGUACGUCCUGUCCUUCAAUCUCGUGAAGUUUAUCGCCCAAAAUGCUGAUGUAUUGAGAUUAUUUAACUCUGAAGAUGUUUCGAUUGGCCUCUGGCUCUCACCCAUCGCCAACAUCGAGCGCAAACACGACGUUCGCUUCGAUACCGAAUACAUGUCGAGGGGUUGCUCCAAUCAAUAUAUUGUGACGCACAAACAGGGCCCGGAAAAUAUGAAGGCCCUCCACGAUUUUUACACCUCGACUGGCAACCUGUGCUCCAAGGAGACAAGAAGCAGAAUGAGUUAUCAUUACAACUGGACUGUCCCACCUAGUCAAUGCUGUAAUCGUCAGGUCGGAGUCAUCUGAAUCCUGGGAUUUUUGACUGGAGAGAGAAUUCCUGUCAUCUAUCAAAAUAUUCAUUCAUCCGUCAUUCAAUCAUGAAAAUAAUCCCAAAGAUUGAGGAAAUUUUUUGCAGCUAAAAUCAAUCAUUUUUGAAAUUUAGCGAUAUUUGAGAAAUGAUAAUUAAUGACUGGGUAAAGUUGUAGUGGAAGUUUAUUCAUCAAUAAUUAAUUUACAACCAAUGAAUGAGUCAGUAUUCUCCUCGCAAUGGAAACAAAACUCGUUUGUUCGCAAUGAAUUGUUCACUUAUGAUACACUUUUUGGCUCACUGGAAAUAAUUGCUGAUGUAACGAUUCACAUUCAUAAAAUAUAAAAACAGUAAUUAACUAAUAUAGAUUAAAAUCUA